CUCUUCUAUAUUAGGCUUUACAAGUUACAAUGCUAUCGGCAAGUUACCACUUCAUAUUCACGACGCUGGAUCUAACCCUCAUCGACUUAGAAGAAUUUAAGUACGGAGGCGCAAAUAUCACAGCUGUUCGAAUGAUUGAUUCUCUCCGUCCCUUUGUGUCUGAGGUGACCCAGGAUUGGGUUAUGGAGGAAAAACGAACUGGUAACUCUCCCAUUAAGGGAUUAAAAACUGAAAUACCAACUGAAACUGCCCUCAUGUACGAUGCAGUUUACUUGUUCGCCAAAGCGCUGCAUCAAGUAGCUGCUGCUCGUGAUAUCAAUACAAUGGCUCUUUCUUGCACCAAACAGAACACUUGGAAUCAUGGAAACAGCGUACUUAAUUAUAUGAAAACGGUAGUUUUCGAUGGAUUAUCGGGCCGAGUAAUGUUUGAUCAUAAGGGAGAGAGAUCAGAUUUUUCCCUGAAUGUUUUGAAGCUGAAAGAUCAAGGUUUGACAAAGCAGCCAUUCUGUACCGAAGUAUCACAAGAGCUGAGAGUCGCUAUUACUUGUUUGGGUUCAUCUCGCAAAAAUGGCAAGACAAAAUCAGAUGACGCUAGGCUAGACAACCAUCAACUCGUCCCUCUGACCUCUGGUCAGAAUUCGUUUUUAACGAAGGACAUGAACACAUGA